AUGCAUUUUCGAGCAAAAACCACAGGAGUUGUCCUAGCAUCCAGCCUCACCACAAUAGCGGGGCAUUGCGUUCGAGCUUUGAGUGGUGAAACUUGGACUCUUAGCAGUGCAGCUCUGAAUACGACCGUCCCCGCUUCCUUUCCAUCACACGCGCAUUUGGAUCUGUUCAAGGCAGGAGUAAUAGGCAAUUAUCAUGGUCUCAAUGAUUUCAAGCUGCGCUGGAUAGCAGAUGCAAACUGGACUUAUACAAGUGGCCCAAUCUCAGAUUUAUUGAAUGAAUAUGAAUCCACCUGGCUUGUGUUUGACGGCCUCGACACAUUCGCGGCUGUCACGUUUUGUGACGAAUUUAUCGCCUCUACAGACAACCAAUUCCGCCAGUAUGCCUUUGAUAUUUCGUCCUCGUUGAGAAAUUGUAAGGGAGAUCCGGUAUUGAGCAUAAAUUUUGGAAGUGCACCGAAUAUUGUGAAUGCAAUUGCCGAAGACCCCAAAUCAGAAAAAUGGCCUAUCCAACUCAUCAAUGAAUACCCAAACCGCUGGUUCAUGCGUAAAGAGCAGUCCGAUUUUGGUUGGGAUUGGGGUCCUGCAUUUGCCCCAGCUGGCCCCUGGAAACCGGGCCACAUUGUCCAGUUUGAAGAGACGGGAAAUAUUCACAUCGUGAAUACAGACUUAGAUAUAUAUCGAAAGGGUCAAAUAAACCAUCUUCCAGCUAGUCAGAGCCAGCCUUGGGUUAUCAAUGCAAGUAUUGACUUCAUAGGCAGUCUUCCAGCCCAGGCAUCCCUUUUUAUUGAGAUUACGAAUCUCAAAUCCAGCGAAGUGCUUACGGCACGGCCAUUGGACAAUAUUACCGUAUCGAAUGGCUCUAUACAAGGUGUGACAGUUCUCAGCGGGCUUCGUCCUGAAAUUUGGUGGCCUUCGGGAUUAGGGGACCAGAAUUUGUACAACAUUUCAAUAAUGGUCAAUGACAGCCACGGCCAAAUAUUAGGAUGUGUUACAAAGCGGACUGGCUUCCGCACAAUUUUCCUAAACCAACGGAAUAUUACCAUAGAACAAUUGUCUCAAGGGGUUGCUCCCGGUGCGAAUUGGCAUUUCGAAGUUAAUGGAAAAGAAUUCUAUGCGAAGGGCUCCAAUUUCAUUCCGCCGGAUGCAUUUUGGCCCCGGGUCAGUCAAGCGAAGAUGACUCGAUUGUUCGAUGCCGUGGUAGCUGGAAACCAGAACAUUCUUCGAAUCUGGUCAUCUGGGGCGUAUCUCCCGGAUUUUAUGUAUGACUUGGCAGACGAAAGAGGGAUUCUCUUGUGGAGUGAAUUCCAAUUUAGUGAUGCGAUGUAUCCGGUCAAUGACGAGUUCCUGGAAAAUAUUGCUGCAGAAGUCGUCUACAAUGUACGACGUGUGAACCACCACCCGUCCCUUGCAUUAUGGGCCGGAGGGAACGAGAUUGAGAUUUUAAUGCUUCCACUUACAUUCGCGCUUGACCCAACUGGCUUUCCUAAGUACCUCGAGGAAUACGAAAAACUAUACAUUAGCCUCAUCUUACCUCUGGUGUAUGAAAAUACUCACUCAAUCUCGUACACCCCGAGCAGCACAACGGAAGGGUAUAUCGACGUCGAUAUUUCCGCGCCAGUGCCAAUGACAGAGAGGUACGGCAAUCUUGAGCCUGGGUCAUACUAUGGAGAUACGGAUUAUUACGAAUACAACACAAAAGUCUCCUUUGAUUAUUGGCUUUACCCUGUGGGUCGCUUUGCCAACGAAUUUGGAUUUCAUAGCAUGCCUAGCCUGCAAACUUGGCAGCAGGCCAUCGACCCAGAAGACCUAAGCUUCAAUAGCACGGUGGUAAUGCUUCGAAACCAUCACUACCCCCCUGGAGGAUUGAGCACAGAUAACUUUCAAAAUACAGCACUUGGCAUGGGUGAAAUGACCCUCGGUGUGGAACGUUACUAUCCGAUCCCGGCGAAAUCGGAUCCUGUGGCCAAUUUUAGCGCUUGGUGUCAUGCAACACAGCUUUUUCAAGCGGAUGUGUACAAAUCUCAAAUACAAUUUUACCGCCGAGGUAGUGGGAUGCCCGAACGACAGCUAGGAUCGCUGUACUGGCAGCUGGAAGAUAUCUGGCAAGCCCCUACUUGGGCUGGCAUCGAGUAUGAUGGGCGAUGGAAGGUCCUACACUAUGUUUCUCGUGAUAUCUACCAGCCGAUUAUUGUGUCUCCUUUUUGGAACUACGUGUCAGGAGAUUUCGAGAUAUACGUCACGUCUGAUCUGUGGGAGUCAGCAAACGGGACUGUGAAACUAACCUGGUUUGAUCUUUCUGGUCAUCCUAUCGCCCAUAAUGCUGGCACGCCGACAUCUAUCUCUUUUGAUGUUGGUGCUAUUAAUACGACUAAGAUCUACAGCGCCAAUGUCAAGCGCCUGGGAUUGGCAAGCGUAACGGAUUCAAUCCUUAUGCUUUCACUUCGUGCUGAUGGCCGUCCUCCCAACGCUGCCAAUUUGACCGCCGUAUUUACUCAUGACAAUCACUUUACCCCAGCAUUUCCAAAGGAUCUGGCUCUAGUCGAUCCUCAACUAGAAGUCAUGUACAAUGAUCUGACGGACAAAUUUGUGGUAGAAGCCAAAUCCGGUGUCUCUCUUUACACAUGGCUAGAUUACCCUGCAGGACUGGUAGGAUAUUUUGAGGAGAAUGCUUUUGUGCUUCAUCCUGGCCAGAAGAAAGAAAUUGGCUUUAUAACACAGGAAAAUAGCACGGAUAGCAAGUGGCAACAAAAAGUCACUGUGAGCAGCCUCUGGGACCAGAAAGUCAGGGAUUAGAUGCUGUAUUCUGAAUGGACGCUGUUUCUUACCCUAAUGGUUUGAUAGUGGCUAUAACAGCAGCUACUUGACAUACUUGUCUUUACUUUAGUCCAGAGUUGAUUCUUACAGACUGUUGUUUGUGAUACUUGAAAAGGGUCUACAGACUUCCCCAGAUUUUACCCCACAAUCUGCCAACCAGACUAGCCCAUGAAUGAAGGAAAAAAAAAACAGAAUUAUUCCUUGCCCCAUCCUCAUUAAAAUACUCAAGAUAGACAUCGACAUCUCUUCAACUUCCAGAAUUCCCUUGUUCAGAAAAAGGUGGGAUGUUGGAGAGAAAUAAUCCAAGCAAGUAUAUCUCGGCUACAUGCGGGGGUCAGCAUGA